AUGAGAAAUGGAGUUGUUAGGAUCCGUGGACGUUUACGCAGACGAUGUACAGCACCCUCGACCGACAAUCAAAUUAGUCCCAGCGAAGAGGAAGCACCGAUUAUCAAAAAAGAAAUAAGUAAGAUAGUUACUCCGCAACGUUUAUUACGUGUGCCUCGAAAUGAAGUUAUUGGAAAUCUGGACAAUUUUUCUCAGCGUUACCAUUUUACUGAUGAUUUCGGAGAGGACAAGGAAGAUUCAGAAGAUGAGCAGUAUUUGGCAAAGCGGAAAUUUUAUAUCGUUGCUGAUGGUGGAGUCCCAUCAGAAUUAUAUAGGACGGAUUUAUUGCACAGAAUGAAACAGGAAGAGGAUAGCGAUGCGUCAUCAGACGAUGAAGCAACAUUUGUAGCAAUGAGUGAUCGUUGGAAAGAGGAAUGGAAUCACGGUGUGCAGGUUCCAUUGUUCAAGAAGUUGCCGGAUUUUAUUGUUCACCACUCUCCAUGCUCCUCAUCUAUCGGUUUACGGGUGCGGCCACGCGUUUCUUCGAAAAGGAAUGGCUCAUUGAUCUCAGUUCACGAUCGUCGGUAUAUUGGUGAUAAACACAAGCAUAUAAUUAUGCCAAAAUUGCGUAAUUAUCAAGCAGAUAGACUUGAUCGUGUAUUUCUGUUCAAAUUAAAUGAAAAACGAUUCGCUGUUGGGUUGCCACCAAUCAGUGAAAAGACUUUCGGCGAAGUUAUAGAUAAAUUGGAGGUUUCUUGCUGUCAGGCAAUGCUUAACGACCUCAUAUCAUCUGUUGCUUCCCCUAUAAUCUCCGCGGAUGCAGAAUUUGAUGAAAACGUAUGCUGUGAUAUAUGUCGUCAGCCGGAUUAUGAAGAAGACGAUAAAAUUAUAUUCUGUGAUGGUUGCAACGUAGGUGUACAUCAGUCUUGUUACGGACUUGAUUCUGUCCCACCGGAUGAAUGGCUUUGCCAGAAGUGCAUGCUUCUUGGUUACAAUGCCCUUCCUCAGUGCGUGCUGUGUCCGCUUACGGGUGGUGCAAUGAAGUGCACAAAAGAAGGUGACACAUGGGCACAUAUUGUUUGCGCACUUUGGAUACAUGAAGUCCGUUUCGCAGAUGUUACUCAUCGUGAACCGAUUGCGAAUAUUUGUGAUAUACCUUAUGGACGGUGGACGCUCAGAUGCUCGAUAUGUGGUACGAAGCAAGGAGCUUGUAUUCAGUGUUCUAUAGAAACAUGUACAACUGCUUUCCAUGUGUGCUGUGCAUUUCGCAGUGGACAAAUAAUGUGUAUAGAGCAUGAUAGCGACGAUGGCAGUAAUGAAAACGAUGUUGAUGAUGAUAAUGUUCGUAUGGUUAGCCUCUGUAGACAGCAUUCACUGGAGAAAAUGUUUGGCUCCAAUCUGAGGUUUUGCAACCCAGAUGUCCUUUGUGCAACUACAUUAACGCUGCAAGAAAUGGAACGCAUAUUUUUCUUAUACGUAACUGUAGAAGAUAUCGCGGGCAUGCUCUCACUUAGCGAUGAUGUGGUUUCGGACAUUUAUGAAUACUGGAAGUUGCGUCGUAUUGAUAAUGGAUACAAAGCAUUGCUGAACGACAAAUCGGAGGUUGAGCGACAAAUAGCUCUUCGUUUGCGAUCAUCUCCCUUUGCAGUUCUUCCCAGUAGACAGCAGAGCGAAGCGGUAAUACGGCAAAAUUUGGAAAAGGCGCGGAAUUUAUGUUAUAUGGUAGGAAAACGAGAGAAGAUCAAAUUAUGCGCAUUGCAGCGCUGGAUUGAUACAUACAAAUGUGUUUAUCAAAUGCUGACUGAAAAGAAUGUUCCUUACAGUAGGAGAGUUUUAAAACAUUUCAUUCAUGCGGUGAGUUCGAUGCAGCAAGCGCUGUCAGAUUCAGGUGAUGUUGCCACUUCAUCAGAAAAUCUUGUUUCAUCGCCGAGAUCACCAUUUCCUCCACGAAAACAACUGUCAGUGAGCAAUCGCAUUCGCGAAAGAAAUGGAUUAUCGCGUCAGCUGCGAAAGCAUGCCAUGCAGGGAGUUCUUUUCGCUGCAGACACGUUUAUCAAGAAUUCCCAACAAUCCUUUACCUCGGGUCGUUAUAGUUUACGGGCAUAA